GACUCACCGUCAGAUGUAAUUGAUGUAAAUUGUAGGUUAACCACAGACAAUGAUAUGUCAAUUGUCAGUGCUCUUGUGUUGCUAGGUUGCUACUGUUAUUAAAUUAUGAACCCCCACGACCGUGUAGACUAUCCUUAAACCAUUGAGACUAAAAAAACUAGAAUUUGAACAUGAAAUUAAAAAGUUAAAAAAGCAAGCCAAGCCAAGUUUUCAUUUCCCUCCUAUUGCGUAUUCGACGUAUAUUUUCGGCGUUCGAAUUUCACUGAAACUUCGUGUUGCUCUUUAGUGUUUGUUAAUCACUUGAAUUUCAUAUCCAUAAUUGUUUAUUUCAAGAAAUUUACCAUGCGUAAAGUAUCGAAAAGCCGUGCGGACGAUGAUGGCAUUUCAUCUGCCAACGGGUCGGUAAUAAAUGAUGAUCGGUCUGAUACACAACACUCUGAUCAAAAUGAUAAACUUAGCGAGUCUGACGCUGAACCCAGAAGCGAAUCCGAAGAAAAAGAAGAUGGGAAAAAGGGAAAGUCUGCUAAAAGCAAAGGCAAGAAAAGAAAAUCUGAGAAAGAGGACAAUAAUGCCGAAGAAGAAUACGAGGUGGAAAAAGUGGUUGACUCUAAAAAGAUCAAAGGGAAAUUGCAUUAUCUUAUUCGCUGGAAGGGUUAUUCUGCUGACAGUGACACUUGGGAACCAGAAAAUACUCUUUCUUGCCCUGAGCUCAUCAGCAAAUAUCAUGAGGAAAAAGGCAAUUCAACUAAGAAAAAAGAACUGUCUCCAAAGAAAGGGAAGAAGAGAGGAGCUAAAAAAGAAAAAUCAAGUCCUAAGAAGGCUAAAAGAGCCAAAACUGAGUGGGACAGUGAGAAUGCUGAUGAAAAUGCUGAAUAUGAGGUUGAUCGUAUCUUAGAAGUCCACCAUGGCAAGAAUGGCAAAAGGGAAUUCCUGAUCCAUUGGAAGGGAUGGUCUAACAAAUUUGAUUCUUGGGAGCCAGAAAGCAAUCUCAACUGCAAAGACUUGAUCAAUAAAUUCAUGGAAAAGGUGGAAGCAGCCAAAUCCACAGAUGCUCGCAGUUUAAGAGUGGCACCCGGUACUACUAACCGCUUUACCUUACAAGCCCCUUCUUCAGGCCGCAGACUCAGUAAGAGGCGUGGUCAAAAGCAGAGAGUUCGCUACGACGACGCGGAAUAAUCUCAAGUUUAUGACCUCUCAUAACACGAAAGCAGUAGGACCUACUUUUUUUUGGGAUAUUUGGAAGCAGAAUAUGUUUUCCAAUUUUUAUCUAUGUCGGGCCAGACAUCACUACAACUGGGGGCCUACCGCGAAAACCGAUUUUCGCAAAUUGCGGGGAUCCUUCUCUUUUACUCUCACUAAGACGUAAUUAGAGUGAUAGAGAAAAAUGCCCGCAAUUGACGAACUUCGAUUUUUGCGGUUAUAGCCCUGACUAUGAGUUAGAGAGGGGGCCAUAAGCUGAAAGUUGAAUGCUUUUAUCAGCAUGUAACACCCCAUAAUGUAUUAAUAGGCAGCAAUUUGAAUUUCAGUCAUUUUAUCACGAUUAUUUUUGUUUAACCUUUUGAACGCCAAGAACACCUAGGCGUCGUAACUAGUCGUACCCACAGCGCCAGGCACAACUACAGGUGUUAUGGCGGACGCUGUCAAUGUAACCGUCACACUUUCAAGUAAGGUUUACAUUAGCUUGCUUGUGCCCGGGAGCUUGACGCGUUAUUGAUGUUUUUUUUUUUAUGAAAAAAUUAAAAAAGAUAAAAAGGUAAAUGUUGUAGGAACUUGAUUGUGGACGAGCUUAGAUCAUACAUAACUGAAGACGCUAUUCUUAUCCUUCUUAUGUUAGUUUGCUAUGAUAUGUUGCUGGGUCUUGUUUUUUUUUCUUUGUGUGAAAACUCUCCAGCAUGACAGUGCUAGUUCCUUUAUAAUGUAAGAUUUUUUUAACUCAAAGAAUUAUUAUUCAUUUUCUUAGGCGUUUUAGGAACUGAAACUGAAUGUGUUUUGAAAUUUGAUGGGUUCUAUUUGACUCUCUAAACCAAGUGACAUGACAUAGGUAAUGCGUCUUCAAUUAAUGAUUGCUCUACGCUAUGGACAUUUAUUACAAAAUACCUUGUGUAAAUUUAUAGACAUGCAAUUAAAUAGUUGACUCAUGGUUGCUGCAAUAGGUAUCUCAGCUUUUUAAAAAUAUUCUGAUAAAGGUAAGGAAAUGAAAAAUUAGUUAAGAGCCCAUCAACGUGCUCACUAGCGCCACUGCUAAAUAAUUGUGAUUAUUUUAAUUUAACGGUAUAUAUUUAAAGAAGGGGGCCGCUACGUACUGUAUUUUGUAUUUAAAUUAACUAGAAACUAGUUUGAUGUAUCAAAAGGUACUUAAAUACAAAAUACAGUCCGUAGCGGCCCCUUUUUUUAAAUAUCUAUCGUUAAAUUUAAACCAUAACAAUUAUUUUCCAGUGGCGCUAGUGAGCACGUUGAUGGGCUCUUAAUAUGUGUUACCUACUACAACAGACGGACUGGCUAACGUCGUAACUCAGCAAAGAGCUAUUAAAAUUACCGAAAGGUAUAUUCAGUUAUUUCGAAAGUUAAGUUGAAUAUGAUAUUCAGGGUGUUUUUCGAAAUUCUGAAUUGUUACAUUACUAUGCGUUUUAUAGACUGAAUUGGUGCAACCGAUUCAGUCUAUAAAACGCAUUGUUUAUUUGAAUUACAUGUCUGUAUGUUUACUAAAUCUGAUAGCAGUGGUAUAUUCGGCUUCCAAAAAAAUUGCAAUACAUAUGUAUAUGUAUACAUCUCUAUACUUUAGUCUGUCUCAUCAGGUCAUGGGACUGUAAGGCUUAUAAAAGGAUAUAAAUUUUAACAAGUGUUUUUUUUUCUAGGAUUAAGGAUUUUUUUUAUUGCAUAAUGGUUUAAAAUAAUUGCACUGACAACUGUUGUUUAAAUUAGGAGUUUGAAAUAAAUUAAUAACAUCGGGUUGUAAAGAUUUAUGACUGUAUUUUUUAGUCGUACUUAAGGAUUAUGCUGCAACAUCUGUUAGUGACGGGGAUACCCUUCGAUAAAACCAUUAUCAUGCUAUAAUUUGAUACAAGUACAGUCUAAUUAAAUGGUUAUAAUAAAGUUUCUUUUGUACCUCCAUUAUUACUGCUUUGUAAAAUACACAAAUAAUAACAAAAUCAGGCUUGGGAAAAAAAAUAUUUCGGUAUAAGCCCAAAAUGGUACAUAGUUAUUUUACUAGUAUCUUGUUUGUUCUGUAGGUAAUUACUAAGUACGUAUUUAACUUUUCCUUGAAUUGUGGUGCAAGAUAUUGUAGUGACUGUCACUUUUAUGACACAAAAUAAACUGUAUCAGAAAACACAUGGACUCUUUGGUAUGAAUAUAUAUGGUGUGAUUCUAUUGAUGUUUUGGGGCUAUGUCGAAAUUUUUAAAUAGGUAUGUGUAGUGUUAUUUGUGUUACAAUUACAAGUUUUCGGAGUUAGCGAGUUGUCUAAUAAGAUAUUUGUGCAAGACGACGAAUAUAAACAUUAAUUUUCAAUAAGAUAGCAUUUUUGUAUACUUGUGUAAUAUUUAUUUGCAUUUUCUUGUGUAUUCGACAAAAAUGCAAAUGAAUAAAUUCUAUUAAAAGCCAGUUGAACCAUGAAGACCACAGGCUUUUUGUCUUUAUGCAAUAAACUUAAAAUAGUCAAUGUUGUCUAGUAAGUACAAGAACUUACGAUCUUCAUGGCUGAGGUUCUGAUUUUUACAUGCACUUUUUAUUUUCCGUUGCAUUUAAAAGAAUUCACUAUUUUAUAAAAAUAAGUGUAAUUAAUAAGAUAUGAAUGUGUAAGUAUCCCGAGUGCGUGUCUCAUUUUUGACCUGACCGGUGAUAUGGUUUCAAUUUUAAGUAUGUCUAUUAUUUCUAAAUAUAAAUAGUUCAAUAUAAGAA